AUGGCGGACGAGGCGUCGACAUCGGAUUGUGCACCUACCCUGAGCUCCUUCGAAGCAACCUUCAGAACUUUCGUUUCAAUCACGCUCCGUGAGACAAUUGCCGAGAAACUCAAGCACGAAGGUCUAAGAUUACUAGAAAAAGCCAGAGAUGAGGCAAUCUGGUCCAUCAAGCCGGGCGACGGCAAUCCAUGGUUUUUAUCUCGCCAGCAGCAACAUCUUUACGUGGAAAACUGCCGUGAAUUGCUGCAGCGAUGCCGGCCAUGGCUCCAUGCCGCCAUCGAUGAGAUGCUUGAUGAGCUCGACCAAGAAGCCGACAGCGAUGGGACUGCUGCAUUGUCGACUUGGAGGUCACCUCCAAUCACGCCACGGCCAAUUUCGAAUGCAUUCCUUAUCACUCCUACUAGGGUCUCUGCUGCGACGCCGCAAACAAAAGCACCCGUAGCCCCCAUGGAAUCUCCCUGCGGUCGGAUGAGGAGCCCCGCAAAGUCAGUCACACUCCCCGCGACGGAGCACGACCCAGAACUCAACAAUGUGGAAAAAGAAACCGUGGGGGCGACUGGCGCAGCGAGCACUCUCAUUCUUACCUCAGCGGCCGGUACAAGCAAGCGGCGAAACAACGACCCAGAAGCAUCAAAAGAGUCCAAUAAACGAGUCAAGACUGCCUCGAAGCCUACGACCAACCCCGUUCAGAUAAUAGACGUCUACAGGGGUGAAUGCAUCUUCAGAUACAAGGACUCGAGCGAACUCUACGUUCUUCGCUGCAACUUGACCAAGUGCAAGGAAAAGGGCAGACCUCUCUUCUUUCAAGCCGACCCCUUUAAAUACAACAGAGCACUCAACCACUUUGGUGGUGAGGUUCACAACAUUAAAGACCCUGACGAAAUCUGGAUCAGGUAUGCCCGUCGAGUCAUAGGUGCAGCCUCAACACGUAACCUCGGCACACCCAAAUCCAAACAACCAGAUAUCUCGCCUAUAUCCACAGAGACGCCCAAUCGGUUGCGCAACGGAGCUCCAUCGCCCACGACCAGCCCGACUGCAGGGCGCGACAAGGGCAAGCAGCCAGAGAAACCCACGACUCCUCUUGCCAGUCGGGCCGCGUCGGGCACUGCUAAGUCGGCCUCCUCCACAAGCCCCUAUGUGCAAAACAAGCAAAAGCAGCAGCCAGGGGCAUCCGACAGCCCGAACCUCUUCUCCCUUCGCGACAACAGUAAAAGUCCCCCAAAUGCCACGCGCACCACCAAGAACCUCUUCGAUAGCACGGACAGCGAUAGCGAUUUUGAGUUGCCUACCCUGGAGGAAAUUGCGGCCAAGGAUCAUAAUACUCGUCGAUUGAAAGAGCAGCCAUCUUAUUUGAUCAGGCCGUACGUGGAGGACGAGUUCAAGUGA